AUGGUCCCCUCCACGUGGAGCGAAGGGAGAUGGGCGGUUCGAAGCAUGCUGUGGGUAAAUAAGGAUGUGGAAGCGGAGCAAGUACAGAUCGAGUCGCCGGACCUAACAGCGGCUGUCAUUCGGCUUCCUGAGCGACGGAUUUUGAUAGCAUCGGCCUAUGUGGAAGGAGGCAAUGCCGCUGCGUUGAACGACGUUUGCGAUCACCUCAGAAAAGCUAUCACCAAAGUACGGCGAGACUCGGGAACGGUGGUAGAGAUCAUGAUCAUGGGGGACUUUAACCGCCAUGAUCAACUGUGGGGAGGAGACGAGGUGUCCUCGGUCAGACAAGGCGAAGCGGAAUCGAUCAUCGAUCUCAUGAAUGAAUUUGGACUCAGCAGCCUGCUUAAACGAGGCACGAAGACAUGGCACGGCGGAGGAUAUUCGGGAGACUGCGAGUCGACGAUCGACCUCGUUCUCGCCUCGGAAAACUUAACGGACUCGAUGAUCAAAUGUGCGGUCCACGGAACGGGGCACGGCUCAGAUCAUGUUACCAUUAAGACCAUUUUUGAUGUGCCUUGGACAGCUCCAACGCAGACAGACAGACUGCUGCUCAAGAAUGCACCGUGGAAAGAGAUCAAUGCCAGAAUCGCGAGCACGCUAACUGCCACUCCGGUAGAAGGUUCCGUGCAGCAGAAGACCGAUCGGCUGAUGUGCGCGGUGUCGGAAGCGAAUGAGUUUCUGGCCGACAACGACAACAUUUGGAAAGCUGCCAAGUAUCUCAAAUCUGGGGAAGAUGCAGCCUUCGGGAAGGUACCACAGCUCGUCAAAGCAAAUGGAACGGUUACCACCGAUCAUGGGGAGCAGGCGGAAGAACUACUGACUCAAUUCUUCCCGCCGCUGCCGGACAGCAUUGAUGAUGAGGGGAUUAGACCACAAAGAGCGCCAGUGGAUAUGCCGGCCAUCACCAUGGAAGAGGUAGAACGGCAGUUGCUUGCAACGAAGCCCUGGAAGGCACCAGGCGAGGAUGGCCUGCCGGCAAUAGUGUGGAAGAUGACCUGGCCCACGGUCAAACACCGGGUUCUCGAUCUCUUCCAGGCGUCACUGGAAGAAGGCACGCUGCCGAAACAGUGGCGACACGCCAAGAUCAUCCCACUGAGAAAACCGAACAAGGAAGACUACACCAUUGCCAAGGCAUGGCGGCCGAUCUCACUGCUCGCCACAUUAGGCAAGAUCCUAGAAUCGGUGGUGGCACCUGAUCAGCUUCGAUGUCAAGGGGGCCUACAAUGGGGGCUCGCCCCUGUCUCCCAUCCUGUCAACGCCGACCUCGUGCAGAGACCGAUCGACGGCCAAGGAGGAGCAAUUGCCUUCGUGGAUGACUUUACCGCGUGGGUGACAGGGCCAACCGUGCAGAGUAAUCGGGACGGUAUCACAACCAUCGUCAAUGAAGCGCUCGACUGGGAGAAGAGGAGUGGAGCAACUUUUGAAGCAGACAAAACGGCGAUCAUACAUUUCGCACCAAAGGCUCGCAAAGUGGAUCAAGAGCCGUUCACUGUCAAGGGACAGACGGUCGUGCCUAAGAUCAAGGUCAAAAUCCUCGGGGUCCUGAUGGACACGCGAUUGGAGUUCAAGGAACAUAUUGCCAGGGCAGCGUCCAAAGGUCUGGAGGCAGCGAUGGAGCUUCGACGACUCCGAGGUCUCUCUCCAGCGACAGCGCGGCAGCUGUUCUCGUCGACAGUAGCUCCAGUGGUGGACUAUGCCUCGAACGUCUGGAUGCACGCCCUCAAGAAUCAAAACAUAGGACCGAUCAACCGGGUGCAAAGGGUAGGAGCGCAAGCAAUUGUGGGCACAUUCCUCACCGUGGCGACCAGCGUAGCGGAGGCCGAGGCCCAUAUCGCCGCGGCACGACACCGAUUCUGGAGACGAGCCGUGAAGAUGUGGACGGACCUCCACACACUACCAGAGACCAAUCCUCUCCGCAGAAACACAGAUCGGAUCAGGAAAUUCAGGAGAUACCACCGCUCACCACUGUACCAAGUAGCGGACGCGCUGAAAAACAUCGACAUGGAAUCGCUGGAAACCAUCAAUCCGUUCACACUGGCACCAUGGGAAGCACGCGUACAGACUGAUGAUGAGCCUGUCUCAGAUUGGUCAACUGUACCGGGCGGAUCAAUGCGGAUCGCGUUCAGCAGCUCGGCACGGAACGAGCUGGUCGGAUUUGGAGUGGCGAUCGAGAAACAACCACCCCGCUAUCGGAAAGUGAGACUGAAGACCUUGUCCGUCACGUUGAGCGCGAGGACAGAGCACAAUCCGUUUUCCGCGGAGCUGGCGGCAAUAGCGCAUACACUCAAGACACUCGUGGGAUUGAAAGACUUUAGGAUCACGUUGAUCACGAGCAACAAAGGGGCAGCUCUCACGCUGAAGAAUCCGCGACCACAGUCGGGCCAGGAAUUUGUCUGUCAAAUCUACAAGCUGAUGAGAAGACUGCAGAAGCAUGGAAAUCAGAUCAGCGUCCGGUGGAUCCCCAUUAGCGAAGACAACAAACUACUAGGGCUGGCGAAAGAGCAGGCGAGAGCCGCGACGAAAGAAGAUGCCAUCCUGCAAGGACAGGUCCCCAAAAUGAAAUCGACGACUCUAAAGAUCGCGCGUACCCAAGCAAUCCCCAGCAGUAAGCUACCCGAGAGCAUCGGGAAACAUUCGAGACGAGUGGAUAAAGCCCUUCCGGGAAAACACACGCGACAGCUGUAUGACCGAUUAUCGUGGAAAGAAGCAAGCGUGCUGUCCCAGCUCCGCACGGGGAUGGCAAGACUCAAUGGAUAUCUCUUUCGAAUCAAUGCCGCCAAGACAGAUCAAUGUACAUGUGGACAAGCAAGAGAGACGGUAGACCACUUUCUCUUUCGAUGUCGGAAGUGGACCGCGCACCGGACGGAAAUGCUGCAAUGUACCCACACUCACCGAAGUAACAUGUCCUUCUUCUUGGGAGGGAAGUCACCCUCCGAUGAUCAAAAGUGGAAGCCGAAUUUGGAAGCAGUGCGAGCGUCAAUACGAUUCGCCAUCGCCACGGGCCGACUUGAGGCCACCUAG